CUCCUUACCAACCGUCUUCCUUGUACUCAACGCGGAAGCUACGUGCAGAGAGUCAUGUCUGCGAUUAAUUUAGGUUGCACCUACAAACCUGUGAGCCAUGUCAUUUUCGACAUGGAUGGAUUAUUAUUAGACACAGAGCGGCUGUACACCGUGUCCUUCCAGGAAGUGUGCGACCGCUUUGGGAAGCAGUACACGUGGGCGGUGAAGUCGUCGGUGAUGGGGAAGAAGGCUCUGGAUGCUGCCCAGGUGAUCCGGGACGCUCUGGAGCUUCCUCUGACCGCCGAGGAACUCCUCGCUGACACCAGACGGAUACAAGAACGCAUCUUCCCCUCCGCUCAACUCCUGCCAGGCGUGGAGAAGCUGGUGCAGCAUCUCCGUAACCAUGGCGUCCCCGUGGCGGUGGCCACCAGCUCGGCCGGCGAGACGUUCCAGCUGAAGACGAGCCGACACCAAGACUUCUUCGGCCUGUUUGACCACGUCGUCCUGGGAGACGACCCCGAGGUCAAGAACAGCAAACCUCAACCGGACUCGUUCCUCGUCUGCGCCGCCAGGUUCAACCCCCCCGCUGCUCCAGAGAAGUGCCUGGUGUUUGAAGACGCUCCCAACGGUGUGAAGGCGGCGCUGGCGGCGGGGAUGCAGGUCGUGAUGAUUCCCGACGACAACAUGGACCCGGGUCUUACCCAGGAGGCCACGCUGCGACUCCGGAGCAUGGAGGCAUUUGAGCCGCAGCUCUUUGGCCUGCCGGCGUUCGACUGAGCCGGAAAACCUAAAACCUGACGUUUUAGAGACAACUAAUCCAUUCAUCCAGAAAAUAAUCCACACAUUAAUCCAGGGUGAAAAGAAUCGUUAGUUGCUGCUCUAGCUGUCUGUCACUUUAGUUUCGGAGCACCAGAGGGCAGCGCGGGUAUUUAAACCCUCCUGUUUUCAAAGUUUCAUUAUCAGACAUUUGGGUUUCUUUCAAUCAAAUUUCCCCAAAAUGACACGUAUGGUUCCAUACAAUGCUCUUCAAGAGAUCUCUACUUUCACUGAAUUCGACGUGUUUUAUUUUAUGGCAUUAUCCUGACUAACCUUUGACAUAUCUGUGAUUAUCCAUUACCUUCAUUCCUCUGAUACUGAUGAUGAUUGAAAUAAGCACCAAAAGCAUUGAAAAAAAUGAGCAAAACGUCGAAAAAAAGAAAUGUCUACAAAUAGUGUACAUUUUGACCCGGGAGGAUAACUCAAGAUUUAAGUGGCACCAAAAUCUGCGGUCUGUUAGAUAGCCAUCUUGUGUUUCCUUCUUUUUCUACCAAAAAUGUUUUGCAUGGGUCUACUACGUCUACUACGUUUUAGGAUCCCAGAGAGGCGUUAGGACAAAGCAGAGAAUCGGAGAAAUUAAACCUUGUUUUCUCCAUUUCAUCUCUACUAGAAAUGCAGCUGAAGCAAGUAUCUCACUAUCUUCAAUAAUUGUUUAAGAUGCUACAAAUGAUAUCCAGCUACAAAAAAAAAAGCCUGAAGAGUCUGAAGUUAGAACGGAAGUACAGAGAGUUGUUUCUAUGCAGAUGAUAAACUGUCUUGUUGCAUUGGGAUUAAUAAAGCAUCAAAAUGUCCAAAAAGUGCCAUAAAAGGACCAGAAAUGGAAAAAAAGCAGCAAAAAUGUUUAAAACUUCCAAAAUGUCAAAAGUGUCAAGAAGGCACGAUUGUUUUUUUCAAUUUUUCUUCUUGGAAAAAGAACUAAAAACGUAAAAGAACAAAGCAGAAAAGCAUCAAAAACAUAACAAACACAAAUAAAGCGCCAAAUAAAGCACCCAAUAAAGCGCCGGAAAUGCAAAAAACCUUGGGGAUAAAGAAAUGUGCUUAAGAGGCACCGAAAUAAGGCACCGGAAACCUGCGUUGUCAUUCGGUCUGAUAGAUAACGGAUGUUUAGGAACUUUUGGUACUCAACCCUAAUCAAAGUACUAUCAGUGUAACACUGUCCUUGUCAUACAUUUUGUUUAAACGGUCUUUGUGAAAUUCUAAAGACUCUUCUCCUUGGUGUAAUCUGUUCCUCCCCCCUUUCAUCUCUGCUCAUGUCUGCCUCAACACUUACGACAUGUCACACGUCGCCCGUCCUCUCGCUGAGCAGGCUUUAACGGAGGAACCCUCCGGCGAAGCCUGGUGCACGGCUCCCUCAGGCAGCUGAAAUAGGAUUUCACAUCAUUUGCACAUCCAUCCACUUCCCCUCCAUGCCUCCUUUCAUCCUCAAAGCGGGGUCGUCUCCUUGGCUUUUUUUCCCUCUCUUCGUCUUUUGCUCACACUCUGUCGUUGUAUGUGUUAUUUUCCCUCUCCUGGCUCAAAUUGUGGUUAAUUUCUUCCCUUGCGUGUGCCUUUGACUCUUCCAUCCAUCCACAGAGUGAUUGCAGUUUUAAAUCUGUUUUAAUUGGGAUUCAAAUCAUCUGCGUGAAAAUAUUGCUGGGUCAGAUCCCAAAAGGACUCUAACAACAUGUUGUUCUGAUGUGCAAAUGUGUUAACUUUUCAUUUUCAAAUAAAGAAAUCAAUAACACAAAGCCAGA